AAGACUUCCAGCAAGGCCAUGGCAGAGCUGGUGAGCACCCAACCCUGGCUGGACGAGCCCUUGAGCUCCAAAGACGACACGAAGCAAGAUGACAACAGGCAAGGACCUUUCAACUUGAUGCCUGGCUUGAAUGAAGAGCAUGAGAGCGUGGAGGAAGAAGAAGAAGAGGAGGAGGAUGAUGGGGAAAAACCCAAGAGGAGAGGACCAAAGAAGAAGAAGAUGACCAAGGCAAGGUUGGAGAGGUUCAGAGCCCGUCGGGUCAAAGCCAACGCCCGGGAGCGCACGCGGAUGCACGGCCUCAACGAUGCUCUGGACAACCUGAGGAGGGUGAUGCCCUGUUACUCCAAGACUCAGAAACUGUCCAAGAUUGAAACCCUGAGGCUUGCAAGGAACUACAUCUGGGCUCUGUCUGAGGUGCUGGAGACAGGGCAGACUCCUGAAGGGAAGAGCUUCGUGGAGAUGCUCUGCAAAGGUUUGUCUCAGCCCACCAGUAACUUGGUGGCUGGUUGUCUGCAGCUGGGACCUCAGACCUUGUUCUUGGAGAAGCAUGAAGAGAAGUCCCCACUGUGUGACUCUGCUAUAUCCAGUCACUCCUUCAGCUACCAGUCCCCAGGGCUCCCCAGCCCACCCUAUGGGACCAUGGAAUCACAUCUGCUGCAUUUAAAGCCUCCCACCUUCAAGAGCUUGGUGGAUGCUUCCUUUGGAAACCAUCCCUCUGAUUGCACCACUCCUCCCUAUGAAGGUCCCCUGACCCCACCCCUGAGCAUCAGUGGGAACUUCUCCUUGAAGCAAGAUGGGUCCCCAGACCUGGAGAAAUCCUACACCUUCCUGGCUCACUAUCCCUCAGUCAGCCUGGCUGGAGCCCAUGGACAUGCCUCUCACUUCCAAAGCACGCUGCCCCGCUACGAGCUCCCCAUGGACGUGAGCUACGAGUCCUACCCACCUCAUGUGGCUGCCCCACAGCUCAACACCAUCUUCAAUGAGUAG